GGCGUGUCUUUUCUGAGCUAGCUGUCUGCACGAAUACGAAUAGAAGCCAUACGAAAUCAUCUACAGCCUCUUUUUCUCCACGCUAUGUCGUUCCGCUUUGGCCCGCUCAUCAUCCCGCAGUCCCAGGUGUUCAUGGUCUCCCGGCUGUCGUACGGGCUAGUCAACCUGAAGCCGGCGGUGCCUGGACACGUCCUGGUGGUUUCGCGCCGCCCUGUCACCCGCUUCAACGAUCUCUCUGCCGACGAGGUCACUGACCUGUUCCAGCAGGGCCAGCGAGUGUCAAGGCUGGUAGAGCGCGUGUACAAGGCUGACAGCCUGGCGCUCGUGAUCCAGGACGGCAAGGAGGCAGGCCAGUCGGUGCCGCACGUCCACCUGCACAUUCUGCCGCGGCGCAAGGCCGACUUUGCAAACAACGACGAUAUCUACGAUGAGCUGGGCUCGAGAAAGCGGGUGAGGGGCGUGGACAACGACGAGCGCGUGCCCAGGAGUGCGGAGGAAAUGGCCAGGGAGGCCGAGUUGCUCCGCAGCGAGCUCGGCGAGUGGAGUUCAGACGCCAGCACACUAUCUGAUGGCAGAGCGUCCACAUGA